AAUUACAUAAAUAAAUAUUCAAAUAAUUCAUACACAAAACUAAAGCCAAACGGAAAUCAUGAUUCGAUACAAUGCCAACCGCGUAGUCGUGAUUUGCGCCAUCAUCUUCCUGCUGAUAUUUAUAUUUGUUAAUCAAAAUGGCGAGCCGAAAACCGACACGACGCCACAAAUCAGCAAGUCGGAGACAGCAUAUGUGCAGGCAACAACCCUCGCAGAUCUACCCAAAACAAUCAACGAAACCAGGCAGAAAAAACCACGAAGAGAAAAAGUUGCCGAAAAGUUCUUCGUCUUUAGUCCCAAGUGCAAGAUACCCUAUGUGGAUCCAUUCACUUAUGAAAUACUGGAUCCGUCAGAACAGGUUCCACAUCUGACCUGUGGAGGGGAUCCGGACCUCUUCAGCGUUCUCUAUGACCGAAAAAAGAGGCAUUACAUACUGCACCUGAACGAAGAUAUCUCGGACCCACUGUAUUCAAACAUUACCGAAUUGUAUUGUGUCUAUCGGCAGACAGUUCCUGGAACAGACGAUACCUUUGCCAUGACCUACGCUUCUAAGCCCCUCACCGAGAAUUUUAUUGUGCCGCGUGACUUUCUUGGCCUUGUGGUCCAGUGCUAUGAUGUAAAUAAUCUCUCGCGAGUGGUGCAUGCCGAUGCGUUUUCCUUUGCGCAGUAUCCGGACCACCGCAACGAGACGAACGAUGACUGGCGCGGCGCCCACUAUCCCAGUGUGUUCCUCUUUGGCAUCGACAGCAUGUCCCGAAUGAACUUCCGUCGCACCAUGCCUCUCACCUCAGAGUUCACCCGUCAGCAGGGCUGGUAUGAGAUGGAGGGGUACAACAAGGUGGGAGACAACACUCUGCCCAAUCUGCUGGCCGUGCUUACGGGUCGCAGCACAAGCGAGUGGUCAAGGAAAUGCAACUUAAAGAGUCCUGGCUGCUUUGACUUCAUCACUUAUUUGUGGGACUACUUUCGCAGUGCCGGCUACAUGACUGCCUAUGCGGAGGACCUCCCUUCCAUAUCGACGUUCAACUAUUUGAAGGCAGGCUUUAGAAAGAAGCCAGUCGACUUCUAUCUUCGUCCGUUUCUGGUGAUUAUCGAGAGUGUCCUCAAAACGGUGGUGUGGCUGGAUCAGAAGUACUGCGUGGGGCGGAGGACAAGCUUUAGCUACGUCUUUGACUAUGCCAAACAGCUGAUCCAGCGCUUUGUGAAGGAGACACCUAAGCCCCUGUUCGGUCUCUUCUGGACGAGCAGCUGCACACACGACCAUCCCAAAGGGGGCGAGCUUCUGGAUGAGAGAUUCGUCAACUACUUGGAACAGUUCAAGAACUAUGGAUUAUUCGACAAGGCCAUUGUUAUACUCUUCAGUGAUCACGGGUUAAGGUUUGGGGAGUUGACGGAACAUCCUUCAGGCUUCCUGGAGGAGCGCCUGCCCAUGCUGCAUAUCUAUCUGCCACCCUGGUACCGUCGUCGCUAUCCACAAGUGGCGCGCGCUCUUCAGCUGAACCGGAAUCGUCUUACCUCCAGCUUUGAUCUCCAUAUGGGCAUCAGAUCGAUUUUGGAGCCGAUUCGUCCAGGACUUGAAUUUAUAUCGACGUUGGAGUGUAUUGGCUGUCGAUCAAUCUUUGAAGUGGUUCCCAAAAACAGAGGUUGCGCCGAUGCCAACAUUCCCUAUCAAUGGUGCGCAUGCGAUACCUAUGUGCCAGUGAGCACCUCUGGCAUCACUAAGAAAUUGGCCGGAAUGAUUGUUUAUCGAAUGAACAAGUAUUUGGCUCAGCUGAAUCUGGAUACUGACUGUUAUCGACUGCACCUUGGCAAACUGGUCAUGGCCCAGCGCCAGCUACACUUUGAUGACGCUGGAGUUGAGAUCGGGCCUCGGAACGGCUUAGUGACAUUUCGAUUGCAGUUUACCACCGCCCCAAAUAACGGCAAAUUUCGAUCUGUUGUCCACAGUGACCGAACCGCGUCGUACGUCGACAUUGAAUUGGAGGAGAUAAGUCGUCUAAACUCCUACCGCAAUGAAUCCUAUUGUGUGGAAGACGUACUGGCCAAGAAAAUUUGUGUUUGCCGCAAACACAAAAAACUCGCUGCCUCAAUCGGUAGUGAUGAAACUGCUAAAAUAAGGAAAGUGAAGUAUGCUUGGAUGGAGGAGCACGAGGACGAAUAUGAUGACACGAAUGAAUUCAUUACUGCAAUGCCAAUUAAAGCAUAAAUAUCUGUGCAAUUUCGAGUACAUAAAUUUGCGAGCACUUUAAAUUAAUAUCCAAAAUAAAGUUCCUUUUUAAGUGCUCCGAAACCAUU